GCCACGGUAGUGGAAAACGCGUCUCAUUUUAGUCAAUAAUGUUACAUAGCGCGGGGAUUUGGAUUAUGUAACUACCGUUGUAAGACUCAUGCUGUAACUUCCGAGCGAUAUGUGAGUUUCUUGUGAUAAAAAAUUAAAGUACACGCGGGACAGCCGGCGAAUUUGAAAAUUUUGGAACUGGUGGAUAAUUUUUGGGAAUUUAUUUGAAUUGGACGCUCUAAAUUUUUUCUGUUUUUAUUUUUAUUUGGUAACGUUUAUUAUUUUCGGUUUACUUUGUGUCACAAUGAAGGUGCGGGUUUUUUAAGACGGGAAAAUAAGAAAAACGGACUGUCGGAUCUGAUGAAAGGUGGGGGAUUUUUUGGAAAAGGAGUGCUUUGAGAAAAUGGGAAAGAAGGCCAGGAAAACUAGAUGGAGAACAUUGGAAAUUACCGAUGAACACAGCGACAGCGAAGAAUCAAACAUUACCACAUCACCGAGGUUACCGAAGACAUUUCAGCAGAAAUCUUACUACAACAAAUUACCUUAUUCUAGUCAAUCGACCCCGCGCCGAAAGUACCAACAUGAGAGUACCAAAUCCACCCGAAGCAGCAGUACGGCUAGCGAAAACAAAAUUACAUUUAAUGAAGAUGAGUAUACUAAAAUCACGACUCCUCGACAAGAUGUUCUAUUUAAGAAGGGUUACCUGAACAAACCUAGAAACUACCAGACGCAGACGUCAACUGGUACUUCCACGACAUCAACGGGUAAUUCCACGGGGAACGGUACUCCCGAUCACCAAUCAACAGAUUUAGAAUACGACUCGCAAUUCGUCUUCCCGAACGGUUUUGUAGAUCAAAAUGGAAUCUACUAUGUAAAUAGUUUUGAACCAUAUCCUUUAAUGUUAUAUAAUCCUCCCACGUACUAUACGGAAUUUUCAAAUUCGAAAUCGAAGAGAUAUAGCACUGGUUCAUUGACGGAAUCAACAAGUCCGAACAAUGAAGAGGCCACCAGCCAAGACUUAAGUGGUGGUGAAGCGUCGAACAAUGUGUCGGAUUACAGCGGAAAUCACAACGUUUACAACAUGGUCUAUCCUGGUUAUUAUGUUAAUGGAAUAUGUCCACCUCAAGAAAUUGAAGUACGCGAAUAUCCAACGGAUCAAACUCGAAAAAUUAAGAAGCGCAGGCGCCGAAAGACCUCGAAAUCUCAAACAAAUAACCAGGACAGCACUGAAUGUAGCGAAGACGAAGAUCCGGAACCUACACAACCCAAACCUACAGAAAAACCUGCGAUAAAACCUGUAGAACCUGAAGAAAAACAGACAAAUACAUCCAUAGAAGCAGCCACCGCAAACCCAGAACCGAAACCCGAUUCCAUAGAAAGUACAACGGAGGAAACGCCCAAAAUGAACCAUCAUGCGGAGGAAAAACCUAUAGAAAGCGAAAAAACCGAUAACUCAGAACCUGUAAUUAUUGUGAACGGGACUCCUGAAGAAGUUAAAAUUUGUACAGAGAACCUAAAAUCCACAAAGUACGAUUUGAAACCAGAUGCCGAAGAAUUCGUACCACGAGCCUUCAGAACGCCAGAAAUACCUCUAAGUCCAGUACAAUUCAUCAAAGUACCUCCAAACUUUAUGCCUAUACCGGUGGUGCCAUUCAACGGCCAAAUCAACCCAGCAUUUAUUCCUCCAGGAGGCAUACCGAUCAACUUCCUACCUCCAGAUCCAAAGAUGUUUCCAAACUUUAUCAAUUUCGUUCCUACGCCACCAAGAAGUGAAGAGGCUACCGAAAAGAACAAAGAAGCUAAAGAGGUUACAGCAAAUCACCAAAAUACCUGUGUUAUCCAUCACUGUACUAACAUUGCCAAAUCCGAAAUUCCUCUAAAAGCCGAAAAAAUUGUAGAGAAAAGUACUCCAGGAAAAACCAUUGAUAUCGCCACAAUCGUCUCGAAACUGGAAGAAGCAGCAAAAGAACAGGAAGAAGACGAAGAUAAAAGUAAAGUUACUGAAGCAGAACAAAUCACGAAGAAGAGAAUAUUUAAAAAUAACCAAAAAUACCGAUCUAAUUUUAAGAGAAACUAUUACAACAGUCCUAGAAGUUCGCCUCAAAGGCAAAAUGGUGAUAUAACGAUAUGCAACGGUAUCGAAACUAACGAAAAUAAACAUAUCGCAAUCGACAACCAAAUCGAAGAAAAGCUUGAUCCUAAAUUUAUCAGGGAGAGUCCGGAAAGGUUCAGAAAAAAUUGGAAAAACUACCAAAAUAACAACAAUAAAUGGCAUCAAAAUGGAACACCUAGAAGCCCGAAAUAUAGCCAAAGGGUUCCAGUGAACGGAGAAUUGAAACAGAACUUAAAACAAGCACCUGAAACAAUCAAGACUGUUGAAAAUCCUAAGAAAACUGAAUCUCCAAAUAAACCUCCCCUCAAUUCACCGGCUAAAACAAACCAGCCGAAAAUUCCAGAUCAAUGGAUUUCUGUAUCCAGUCGAAAAAAACGGAAGAACAAAAACGCAGAAACUGAAACAGAAGACUACGAUUUUGUGGUUGAAGAUGCCACACCGAUAGAAGAAGAUAAAGACGAUCAAUUCCAGAGCUACGACGUGAAUUUGCUCGUUGAUGUCGUUCCUCCAAGUCAAACAGAAGAUAUCCCUUCAGAACGAUUGGAAGAAACUCUGACGGUUGAAAUAACCGAAGGGAAAAUUGAAGAAAUCAUUAGCAAUAUAGCACAAACAGAAUCAAACAGUAUUCAGAACAACAGUCUAGUACCAGAUAUUAGAUCUGUUACAGAUAUUGAAAGCGAAAUUAUCAAUAAAGAAGAAACAUUACCGGAAGAAACUCAAGAAGUAACGGCAGACGUAGUAGUAGACAACGAUAUAACUCUUAUUACUACUGUUAAACCUGAGACUGAACCUAUUGAUAAUGUAGCUGAAGACGUUAAAACGUUAAAGAAGAAAUCUAAGAAGAAUUCCCAAAAAUCUCAAACCAAAAGAGUGAUAAUUACUGAUAUAGACUUGUCUAAUAAGUGUGAAGAACCAAAAACGCCAGUUAAGAAGGUUGUGAAGAAGGUUGAUAAAGCUAAAGAUGCUCCAGAGAUCAAAAUCGAAACAGUUGAGCCUAUUGUGAUGAAACCCGUGCCUUCAGAUGAAACGGACGAUAAGAAGAUUAAAAAGAAAAAGAAGAAGACUCCGAAGACUGUGACUGAUUCAAGUUUAUCCAGUUCGACGACUACUUUAAGUGUGGCUGAAGAUGCGUAUGAUAUUUUAUUGGAUGCGAAUUUAUCGAUAGAGUCCGACAAAACGAACGACGAGAUAUCAGUAGAGCUUGAUAAGAUGAUCCAGAAGGGAAUGUACAGUAACCUAGAGGGUAAGAUGAGAUCCCUCAAUAUUGCCGAGGAAGAUGGUUUCUUCAAGUCAGUGUUCAGUAAGAUACCGAUAAGUGGGAGAACAGAGGCCACUGGUUUUUUGAAAACGCCGGACUUUACCAAAAUCCCUCUGUACAAAGCGGACUCGGUAAGUGACGAACAAUUAUUAGAAAGUAAACAAACUAAUGAACAAUUACCUGCUUCAGAAUCACCAGACGUUUUUCUAGAUCGUCCCCAAGAGAAGCCCGAAGAACAGAAAAGUCUCUACCCCAUCACGGAGGCUGUGAAAGAGUGGAUGGUCCGGACGCGGGAAACCACGCCUGAAGUCGAAAUUUUCAAAAGCCCGAUGACGAUAUACAAAGAGUUUUGCGAUAACAGUGACACUAACAGUGACACGGAAGUGUGCGGGAACUUACUGUCCAAUGAACUAAGUGCUAGUGCCGAUGACGAAGAAGAAGAAGAGGUCACUCUCUUCACUACGGAAGAUACCAAAUCCAGAGAGGGAAGCAGCGAGGAUCUUCUCGAAUACUGGGAAGAUUUGAAGCCAGAAGAUACGCACACGGAAGAAGUGAUGGAUGAGAAAGUGGAGAACGCGGACGAAGAACAAGGCUUGGAAGUUUAUGAAAGCAAGUACGGGAAAAACGAAGAUUUCUUGAAUCUCCAAAAGGAAGCUAGGGAAAAAGCGAAAGCGACAUUCCCGAGACAUGGAAACCUGCCUUACCGAGCUGUCUGUUGUAAUUUAAUGUGAUCUUUGACAGUUUUUGCUAAACGAGAAUAACAAGAUUAAUCAGUUCUCUACGCAUUUUAUUCUCUUGGUUUUUUACUGAGAUUUUGCUGAUUUUGUUUAAUUUAUUUCUUCAUAUUACAUUUAAAAUCAUCCAGAGCAUACAAUUCGACGAUAUAUCCUUGCAUUUUCUUACACUAAGAUUGAAAAAGAACGAUUAUAUAAAUAAAAUGUUCCAAAAUUCUGUUUUUCGAACAUCCUCCUAUUUGUCCAAUAUAUACUUAUCACCCUCAAACGUUUGAACACAUAAAACCUUAAAUAUUUGUUACACAACUCAAUAAUACAAGCAUUUCUUCCAAUAUUCCCGUUUAGCUACUAACUAUCAAUACUUAUUGCUACAUUAUUAGCACUCAAACUGUAUGUACUGUCUCUAGUAAGUUUUAUUUAAAAAUAUGUGUACAGUAUUUUGACCUAAGUACAUUGAAAUUUGUUUUCGCAAUAUGUGAAAAAGAUGUUAAAACUUAUGGUAGGUUGAUUUUGUUGCAGAAAUUGCUAUUAAUUUUUAGUUGUUUGCAAAAUUAUACUAGGAAGGUCCAAUCUCUUCUGAAAUGCCAUAUAACCUACAUUAUCUCUUCGAGGUGGGUGUAGGAAGGACCUACCCAAAAUAGUCUAACCUAUUUUAUAUCAUUUUGUCCAUCCAUUUCCUGGAUUGGUGAAUUUUCAAAAGCUGAUGAAAGAUAGUGGACUCCGAUCAAUUAGUAAACAGAGGAACUGAGUGACUGAGUGAAUCUGAGAUCUGCAAUAAGUCAGGCGCCAUGAGGAUGAACUAGUUGACCUGCCAGGUUUCUCCAGCUUUUAUCCCUGUUACAGGCAUGUCAUUGCCUCUGUAUCUGUAUCUGCAGAGUAUGGAGGGCAAGUUAAGUCCACACAAUUGACCAAUUGACCCAUUGUUCCUCCUCCCAUGGAGCUGUCGUCCUUAACUCAUUGCCCAUCCUGCCAUUUCCAGGAAGGAAACAAAGUGGACAAGUCACCAGAGGACAUCUCCCUUAUAUGGGCAGGUGAGUCCAAGGCUCGAACUCUCGUAUUGACGAUAACUCCGGAUAUUCAUAAGUAUAGGACAAGCUUGACAGUUUCGUCUUCUGUUCACACUUCUUUCAUAGAAGUGUUUCUACUAGCCCCAGAGUGUGAAGGUAGGUACUUCUUUGACUGACUUUUCAAGGUUCCUUAGUGUUAACUUGACAAGUCUACAUCCUUGCUCUUCUUUCCAGAAGAUCACCAGGUCCGAAGAGUCUUACACUUGCCGCCUUCCUAGCCAGUUGGUCAGUAAUGCGGUUGCCUUUAUUUGCGUUGUGUCCUUUAACCUACCUCAGGAUGAUGUUAUAACCAUCCGAAACGUGAGUUAGUGACUCAUUACACUCCAUUGCUAACCCCCAUGUGACCCUUGGUCUAUUCAAGGUUAGUGCACACCAUUUUACUUUAAAACUAUUUGAUAUUUUAAAGAAAAUAAUCUUUAAUGUUCUAAGACUUUCAGCAAUGGUUGUAAAAGGGUAGUGUUACAGAAAAAUCUUAUCAAGAGAAAAAUAUGUUUAAAAAAAAGUUUAAAACAUAGUUUUUUCUCUGUGUCAAGAAGCAACAACAAAAUCAACGGCUAUCAUGGAGUUUAAAAUAAACUAUUGUAGUAAUAUUCUAAGAGCAGUCAAUUUCCAUUGUGAUUUAAACUUGUUAUGCGACAAUUUUAUAUUGGUCCGAUUCCUACACUGCUUAGGAACAAUUUUUAAAAAAAUAUUGUCAACUCAACAAUAGAAAUAAGUCUGCGACUAAGAAUAUUACCAUUUCAUUCAAUAUUUUACAGAAAUAUCCGUAUAUCCUAAAGAUGGUUAUGUACAAGUUCACUCUAGAUGCAAUAAAUAUUAUCAGGUACCAAAAUAUUUAUAAUACACGCUGACCAGUUAAGAAUUUUGUUAACAAAUAAAUAUUUUAUUGUUACUGUAUAUUGUGAAUAACUACAGAUAGUAAAUUGCACUACAAAAAUAAGAAGGUUCGGUGUUGUUAAAGAUAUAAUAUCAAAGUAACUUAAGAUUGUUCCACAUUACUAAUUUCUGUGUUUUAUAUAGUUAUUCGCUAAUAUGUUUUACUUCGAUGAAUAUUCCUCCAAAAAUAAGUAACGCUUAACUAGAAACUGAAACAAAUUCUAGAUUUUAAAAUAUCCUAAAAAUUUUCAUUGUUGAUCAUGACGGAUUUAUACGUCUAUAUAUCCACUAUAUUAUUGAUUUAUCGAUCAUGACGGAUAUAUACGUCUAUAUAUACCGAUUAUAUUACGUCCUUCUCGCCGGAUUUAUACGUCUGUAUACCAACUAUAUUUUAUAUUAUUAGUCGUGAUUGUAUAAUUCAACUGGACUAAUUUCUCCAUAUUAUGAUGUUCUAUUAAAUUCGAGAGUUUAUAAGCACCAUGACAAAAAGAUAGCCAAUAUAGUUAUUGACAUAGAGUUUACCAAAACGUAAAUUAUUGAUUUGAUAUUUAUUUUAAGAUCUUAAAUAUCAAAUACCUCAUUGUCGGCCAUGACGGAUUUUUACGUAUCUACAUAUUUCAAUUUCACUUGAACACAAUGGUUACAUUAAUCGUUGUACCUAUUUUUCUAUAUAAUGUUAAAUCUCGACGAAACUUUGCAUUGUCUUGACGUAUUUAUUUCAAUUAUACUCUUAUCAUGACGGUUAUAUUGGUCUUAAAUCGAUUUUUCUAUAUGAUGGUAGAUUUUCUCUCAAAUUUGACUUUACCUCCGAAAAGAUUAUCGAAAAACUAUCUUCUUCUUAGAUUUCAUUAAAACGUAAGUAUUCUAGAUUCGAUAAUUAUUGUUUUAAGAUUGAAAUUUUGAACCACGAAAACCACAUUGUCGACGAUGGCGGAUUUAUACGUCUAUAUUUAAAUUACAUUUUGAAAAAGACGGUUAUAUCAGUGGUUGGAAGUAUCCAUUCAUAUGAUGUCCAGAUUUUCUCUCGAAUAACAAUAAAUAAUAAUAAACAAAUAAGAAAAAGAAAAAAAGUAUAAGAGUUGGACAAAUGUGAAGUAAAAGAUCUUGAACGAAAAUUUGAAAGUCGUGCAAUCCGACAAAAGAAUCAAAAUUGAAUAAGGAUAUAUGUUGAUAACCAUAAGAACAAGAAAAAAGAUAGGAAAGAAUAAGAUAGUGAAUACUAGAAUGAAAAAUAGGUAGAAUAACUUGAUAAGGAAGACAUAGAGAUUAGUAAUGUGCUAAUGUGACACAUUAUGUUAUACUUAUUUGUAUAUAUGAUUAUAACAAAUCCUGCUCAGGUACCUGUAUCUUAUAAAAUUGAUCAACAGUCCCGAAAUGUUCAAUAAUACAAUAUUUUUGAACUAAAACUAAGUGUGCGCUAAAAUGUAGGUAUCCUACAAUCAGAAAUUUUGUUUGUAUUUUUGAAUUAACGUUAAGAUAGAUGAAAAAUAAUGGCUUUUGAUGACAUAAUCUGCAGAUAUAGACACCUACAUAACAUCUACUUAAACAAUUAUUGUGAAUAAUGCUAUUUAUUAUUAGAAAUAACGAUUUUAUAUUUUUUUCAACAAAACUGUACAGGCAUAUACAAUAGUAUGCACAUUGUUCGCUUUUAUCAGUAAUGAAUCGCAUGUCAUACGUUAUAUGUCACAUAUGUCAUCAGUCAUUUAUUAUACGUCAUCUGUCAAGUUAUAUUUUGACAUUUUGGCAUACACUUAUUGAUCCGACGACCAAAUGAAGACAUUAAUUGUACUUAAAAUAUAGAUUUCUCUGAGGCUGAUAAAAAGAUAUGUUUAAACAUACUGAAACAACUUAAAUAGUAGAUAAUAUGUAGACAGUCCAGUAAAAAAGUAAAAAUAUUUUUUGUAAAUAGUAGGUACUUUUUGAUUUACUUUUAAGCAUUUUCACGUAUACGCAUUUUAUAAUUUUUUUAAAUAAUAUUGGGCUGUACUAUGUUGAGAUUACUACAAAAUGUGAAAUUCUAAAUUCUUCCAAAUAUGUCCGUGCUAAGGACAAGAGUAUCUGUACGUUUAAAAAUUUUGUCCGUUGCUAUUUUAAAUGAUUAUUUUUAGGCAAAAUGUUACAAGAUAUGUAUAAUUACUUGACAUAUAGGAUGAUAAAUAUAUGAUUCGGUUUAAAGGGGAAUAUAAAGCAAAAAUGUGUUGAACAGAAGGGUGUAAUAAUAUUUUUGCACGGUUUUGGCUUGUUACUAUCGUUAUGUGAGUUUUUUGUACACUGCCGAAUAAAUAUAAUCCGAUGGAAAGAGUAUUUUCUCCUUCUUUAGCAAUCUCAGUUUCUGCAAUGUUAUGGUACAAUAUGCAUCACAGUAUACUUUGCUAUGUAAGAUUUAUAAAGUUAAGUUGUUAAGUAAAUUAGUUUUUUUACAAUUAUCGAGAGAUUUGUUUGCCAAAAUUCACGAUUUUGAUUUAUUUUCCUCUCUAAACCAUCGUCCCACCAAAAAGUAAAAUACCUUAAGCAAAACAUACAGCUGCGCCAAAAGAUAUUUACUUUUUCGGGACACCCGGUAUAAUGAUGGCGGCGAAAUGUUAUAGCAAUGAUUGGAAAAGGUGCUCAAAAUGUUGUUGUUGUUAAGAUAUAUAGGUAAAUGUUUAUAUCGAAAAGGCCUACGUCAUUGAGGAGACUGAGCGUUGCCAUAUUUUUGACGAGGCAGUCAAAAACCAAAACGAUGUAUACUUUUUGACCUCGUAUAGGCCGAUCCCUCUAAAAGCUGUUGGUAUGAAGUAUAACAGGUUUUUACGCAAGAAAAUAGCAUUUUAAAUAUUGAAAAUGUAAAAAACAUUAUUUUAGAAAUCACUUUUAUGAUAGGUAAUACGAUCUUUGACUCGUCUAGUCAUUUGGCCAAUAUAUUGUUUGUCACACUACCUAAAGAUCAACUUUUCAAACCAUACUUAAUAUGAUAUCUAAAGGUAUUAUAAGAAAGAUAGCUCGCAUUUUUAAAUAAACCUCUUUUUGUAUUGUAUUUUAUUCAGUUAUUAAUAUUUAUGCUCUAUCAACUAGUAUAUAGGUAUAUAACUAAAUAGUUGAUUUCGCAAAUGCCUUUUAGAAGAGAAAACCUGUACUUCCUACAAACAACUGUAAAUUUUGGAUCUGGCCUACUAACAAACUAUGUCGAGUAUAUGGUGCACGAUUUUUAUUGUAGGUACUUGUUUAAAACAUUGUUUUUUAUCGUUGAACUCGUUAUUGUUAUAAAAAUGUAACGAAUAUAGGUGGGAAUUCACCUUUAAAAUAUAUAUAGCGGUGCCACCUCUGCAUAAUUUUAAGCGUUAAUUAAGUUUAUCGAUUUUUUUGUUUUUUUAUUUUGUUUUUAUCUAUAGGAUAUGUCCAGCUCAGUUACAUGUUAUUUUCGUGACAAGACAUCUCGAAACGCAACCGUUCGUAACGCCGUAAUUUCAUAACGGCGACAGUCCGUAAUGGCGACAAUUCGUAACGGCGACAGUUCGUAACGGCAUAAUUCGUAACGUCAAAACUGAAUUAUUCUGUUUAUUUUUGUUAACAUGGAAACUAACUUUUAUUACAGUUACAAUUGAAAUUGCGUUUAUUAAUUUAACAAACCAGCAUCAGGAUAAAUAUUUUUAACAAAUUUCAUAUUUCGUGGAGAAAUAAAUUUUUAAAAUUAUAUCUUAAAAUAAAUAAUAUAAUCUAUAGAAUAAAUGUAAAUUGUAUUAAUUAUUAUAGUAAAUACAUUAUUAUUAAAUUGUUUUUAUUUGUUUCAUUAUUUUUCAGGCUAAAUUUUAACUUUAAAAUGACUCAAGAUAAUUUUUUUUUAAAUUCUUUAGUUGUCACAUUAACAAGAAUAUAAUAUUCAAAAAUAUGUGUGAAAUAUAUUUAAAAAACAAGUGGUCUUAAAAAAAGUACCAUUAAUGCGUUUUUGUAUAAAUUCAGUAAUACUCAAUUUUUUAAAAAACCUUAAAGUUGUCGUUACCAAUUAUGGCGUUACGAAUUAUGCUGUUACGAAUAUGUCUAGUUACGAACUGUCGCCAUUACGAACUGACAGCGUUACAAAUUUUCCGUUACCAGUUGUGCGGUUACGAACUGUCGCGUUACGAAAUGCCAUGGAACCGUUAUUUUGAGUAGAGUGCGAUUUUACCAAUCUUACCUGUAUCGCCCAAAAAUAUAAAUUUUAAUGUAAAAUAUGCCCUUAGCGUCAAUUUAAAUCAUUUUAGGCUAAUCUUGUAGAGGAGAAUUUUGCAAAUUUUAGUUUUUAGGGGUCUUCGUCGAGAUAUAUUAUUUUAUAGUUGCAGCUAUAGAAAUUAGGACAGGUUUUCUUUUUUGUUGAAUCCGCAGUUGACUUCUUUUAAAAUCUGUAAAAUAAUUAGUAAACGGCAUAUCACUAACAACAGGUCAAUAUGCAAAAUAAAAGAGAAUAAAUUUAGGACAAUACUCCAAAAUGUUGAAGGCAAUUUUCUAUCAAGGAUCGAAACAAGGAUUAGCUGAACGAAGAAGGGAAUUUGUUCGGAAGAGUUUUAAAAACAUUUUUGUGGCAUAUCUAUAUUAUUUACUCUAUUUCAUGGGAGUAAACCACAAUUAUUAUAGGAAAUAGGUAAAUUUUGUCAUUUAGGUAUGAGAACCCGAUCAACCAUAUAAACAGAAUUGAAAGGCAGCAAGAAGAAAAAGGAUCUUUAAAUAACAGCACAGGUACAUGCUUUCUUACUAAGAACAAAUAGAGAAGAAUUCCAAAAGGUCUUAGCGAGUAAGUUCAAAUCAGAUCCUCAUCAUAAUCAGAACCAAAUUGAGGACGUUAUCAAAAACACCAAUAAACACCUUCUUGAAGCCUGACUCAAGGUCGUAAAGAAAACAAGAACUAAAGAAGACAAAAUAAAAGUGACAAGACUAAAUAAAAUAAUUCGAAAAUAAUUAAAAUGUGACAUUAGGCGAGAACUUAAUAAAAAAAGUCAUAGAAAACAACAGAGGUUUAAAAUGUCUAAAACCAACACAGCAUGUUCAGAAAAUUAUCAAAAAUCGAGGCAAAUAUGAACAACUAGUCACACAGAAAGGGAAAUGGAAAUGACAAUAUUAGUUAUACGACUAUCAGAUAGAAAGAGUAAAUGACUGGGUAAAAUUAGAAACAAUAAUCGAGGAUAUCACAACAAAACUUACCAAACUCAAAUAGAGCUUCAUAGGCUACACUGUGAGCAAAAAAAACAAUGUGGGAACUUCACGAUACAACAUUGGAGAACUUACAAAGAUAGACAACCAAAACAAAGAUGCGAUGGGUAGAUAACAUAAAAAAUAACCGAAACAAAUUGCUCAGGACAGAUAUCGAUGGAAGGACCUGGAAGAGGCCUAUGUAUAAAAAUGGACGCCAAAAGACUGAGAAGAAAUAAAUAACAAAUGAAAGGAAGAAGAAGUGAAGCAGAAAUCUUGAAAAGAUUGAGAAGAACAGGAAAAGGACGAUGAUUUCUAUAGUCAUUUACUUUCACCAGAUUAAUUCGAUAGUCUUUCCACUUGUAGUAUUCUGACAAUACUCCUUUAUAAUCGAAACACAAUAGACUCAAACAAUUUGCUUAGUUCAGUAAAACGAUAUAAUCUUGAUAAAAGAAGAAUAAUGUAGUUGGUCGAACUUUGAAUCAAUUUUUUUACGCGUAUAAUGUUGUACGGUGAAAUAAAAGUAUAAUACAAUAGAUUUGAGUGCAAAAAGUAGACUGAUGUUUCUUUACGCACUGGAACAAGUGCCGAAUCUUUUAAAAUAUAAGUUAGGAUAUUUUUAUACCAAUAGGUAGCAAACAGCAGUUGUAGACUGUUAUGAAUAUUAAAGUUGUGAAAAGAAGGUAAAUAUGGCGGCAAACUUAGAGGUAGCUUAAAUUUGUUGGGCAUAUCACAAUAAAAUAGAUCUUUUUAUUAUCUUGAAAGAUAAACAAUAAGCUUUAAGUACUUAAGAAGGUGAUUUCUAUGUUGGUGACUAGAAUUAUCGUUUAGCGUAAAUUUUUUGGGAGAUGAGUCCUAGUUUUCUUCUAUUCUAUAAAACAGAUUUCCAAAAUGUUCUACAGCAUCUUAAUCAGAAAUUACCGGUUUUGAUCUAAAAGAGAGAUAUGUUUAGCUUUAUUUGUACUUAAUACUUCGGCGAUCUGAUCAAAUUAUCUUAUUGCAGACCCUUCUUCUACAUUCCCUGAUGAGUAUCUAAAUACUUUCUGUGUUUGGCCUCAUGACAUCUUUUAAUUGUGUUAUAAUAUUAUCAUCAUCAUCAGUGGCGUUAUAGCUCUUUAUGAGCCAAAUUCUUCUUCAGAACAAUCCUCCAUUCGCCCCUGUCUCUGGCAACUCUUCUCCAUGCUCUAAUUCCAAUAGAUUUCAAAUCAUUUUCUAGGUUGUCUUGGUACCUAGGUCUCGGUCUUCCUCUUGUUCGUUGUCCUGGUCCAUUGAAUUCAUAACAUUCUUCUCCAGUAGAAUAUCUCAGUGGAAUAUUUGGAAGUCUUCUUUGGAAAUAUAUCUUCAGGAUAUCUUCUUUGGAAAGAUAUAAAAGGCAGUAUUUACAAAACAGCCUCAGUCAAACACGACCUGAUACAGAGAGAACAAAAAGAUUGCUAGAAACAGCAGAGAUGGAAAACCUUAUAAAAAUGGAUGGUAAAACACCAUGGGACAGAGUUAAAAGUACAGAUAUACGACAGAUAUGCAAGGUGGAGAACAUUGAUAACUGGGUAAGAAGAAGAAGAGUAGAAUGUCACAAUCACAUAUGCCGAAUGACAACACAUAGAGCAGUAAAGAAGACGGACUGUUUCCCAAUAGCAUUGUCUCAUUAUUCAGAUUAAAUAUUGGGAAUGUCUAGUAUUCAGUUGACAUUUGACAAAUGACUACAACAGUUGACCAAUUCCAUUUAAAGGUAAAUUUUCCAAAACAAUAUUACGCGGAGUCCAAACCAUCGUCCAAACUUUGGUUUAGAGACAUAGCCUUUAACAAAAAGUAAUGAAGACAUAUUAAUAUGUUUUAAGAGGAAAGUACUAAGACCUUACGACUCGGUGAAUACAAUGGUGUGUGUAGCUGUACAAAAUGGCCCUGGAAUCAGAUAUCGUCAAAUACAUGAAAAUAUAACAGCUGAGAUGGGUAGCUCAUCAAUUAGGGGAAGUCUAGAUGUGGCACCAAUUGAUGCCAAAAUGAGAGAGCAUAGGUUAAGAUGGUUUAGUCAUGUUAAUUACCCACUACGAAGAAUUGCUGAAGUGCAGAUUCCUGGAAAGAAUAAGAGAGCAAGACCAAAGAAGACCUGGGAGGAAACGAUAAGGCAGGAUAUGUUGGUAAACAUUGAUAUGAUCCAAGAUAGAAUUGUGUGGAGAAAUGCAAUUAGGGAAGCCGACCCCGAAUAGGGAUAAGGCAAAGAGAAUGAUGAUGAUGGGUAGUUUAUGUAAUGGAAACAGAGCAAAACGGCAGUAUGAAAAACGCUCACUGAUAGACUCAAUAGACAGCGGAAAAUAAAAAGAAUCAUACGGAGGAAUACGAUCGAUAGGGUCGAAAUCCUUUAGAAUGAUAUGCUUUUGUACAUAUUUUAGAUGAGUCGUAAAUAUCUAUAUUCAAUUCUGCAGGCAUUUAGUGCCUUCAGGAAUGGUGUAAGUUCCACAAUGUUAAAUCCUUUCGACAAUCUACUAAAAUUACCAAAUCCCUACUGUAUUUAAGAGUUUUCCCUUUCCCUGUAGUUGAACAUUGAACUUUUUGUAUUUGUAACUGUAAUUAUGUAACAAAUAUUUCCUUAAUGAGAGACGGCUUAACAUUUAAUUUAUUUCAGACGCCACCACCAUCCGUUGACUUACAUUUCUUCCCUUUGGAGUCCUCUGGACGGUCUGUGGUGUACUCUCGUUUGCUGGUAUCCUCUGAAAAUAGACGGGUAUGAAAUGCAAACUGUAGAUUCCCGCAUGUCUAUCAUUUAUCGCUCAGUUUGCCUUGCAAAUUAUAGAAGUCUCGGGUGUCAGAUUGUUACAAGAAUUUUUCUUACCGGCGUAAGAGAUCUGUAGUGCUUCUGUCCUUUAGGUGUCUCUUGGUUUAAAUAUUUUCUUGUUUAUUUAUAUUUAAUAAGUUUAGUGAUGUCAUCUAAUAAAAAAAUUGCGACCUUAUUAUUAAAUAUAUCCCAUGAAAGUGUGUUGACGUAGCAAAAUGGCAUUUUCUAAUACAAAUCUAAAAAUUGUAGUGAUUUUUUAACGAGAGACUGUAAAACAGUUUUGUAGAAUGUAGAAUCUGGCGGUACAGGUAGGAUUGAGCCUCAUUUUUAGCAAGCUGCGUGAGUUUUGGAAGAUUGUAUGCAUGUUCCCCAAAAAAUAUAUCAAAAGUGGCUUACUGCACGUUUAUGACAAUAUUGUUGUAAAGGGGAAACCAAGUUAGUUUUAGUUGAUUAAGAAAACUACAAACCAGUGUGUAAGUAAAGUACGUAAUGUUUUAGUUAAUUUUGUUUUCUUUUUUUGAACUGUUGUAUGUAUAAAAUUUUGGUUGUAUCUAUAUAUUAAGUUUUGUUGUUAAGUGGUUAUUUUUGAGAUUUGUGCCUUCGCGAUAUUUGUAAAAUAAAGAAAAAUUCACCAAAA